GCGAAGGGUCAUCUGCCUCCCCGCAAGUCAUCAGGAUGGACCCCAAGAGCCCCGAGAAGCUGAGCAUGGACCCGCCGGUUUAUAGUUUUCUUCCUAAAUCAGUCGAGGGCAGGAAAAGUUGGGCUCUGAUCCUCUUACUGCUCCUGGUUCUGAUUCUGAUCGUUAUCGGAUCGGCUUUAAUUGGCGUCUAUCUGACCCAGAAACACACGGAGAGGAUGGUGGCGAUGGCUUUUAACUCCAUGGACGGCGAGGAGGUGACGCAGACCGUGUUCGUCGACGAGCUGGAGAACGUGGCCGUUAUUUUUGUGAAUACCAACAAUCACUCGGCUGCCGUGCUCUACGACUACAGACGGAACCUGAUCGCCUUUAAAGAGCCCGACAGCCGGAAAUGCUUCGUUACCGGGAUGGACAGGGAGACCCCGUCAGCGAGCGCCGUGAUCAGCGCGGCCGAGUCCUUCCACACGCAUGAUGCCCCGGCGGAUAACGUUCUGUCCUAUAACCUUAUGGAGAAGGAAGCGGCGGACCCCGCGGAGUUGGGGAUCGGUAUUAAUAUUCUGUGCCGGGAUCUCCCCGUUUACUGGGCGCAGCCGGUAAAUCCUAAUCUUCGGAAAAUAACCAUCAAGUUCAAGGUGUUUGGUUUGAAGUUUAAAGUGACGAUCGAAAAAUGA